AUGACUCCGGACCCAAAUGCCCAGUCCCACGUCCCCGUAUACUCAAGUCCAGCGCAAGCGCCGGGUACCACCCUGGAAAGCAGCCGUCAGGUAGGUGGAACCCCCUUUCUCCAGACCACGAGCCUCUCCUGCUUCCUGUCCCAAGGCCAGGCAGUUGAAGAUCAGCUAAAGAUAUGUGGACACAAGAGGGAUGCUGAUGUAUUGGAGCUGUUCCUUUCUCAAAAGGAACUCACAGAUGUAACUGAUCUUUCUAGGUUCAAAAACUUAAAAUACUUAUGGCUUCAUCAUAACAAGCUCCACGAGAUUGCAUUUCUAACUAGAAACUAUUGUCUGACAGAACUGUAUCUAAACAAUAAUGCAAUAUUUGAGAUAGCAGGACUGCACAAUUUGUGUUCUUUGCAUAUCCUCAUGCUACAGCACAAUGAACUAACAAACAUUGAUGCAACAGUGAAGGAGUUAAAGGGAAUGCUAAAUCUGAAGACCCUAAAUCUCUACCAAAAUCCUUUAUGUCAAUAUAACCUGUACCGUUUGUAUAUAAUCUACCACCUUCCAAGAGUGGAAUUGCUUGACCGAAAUCAAGUUACAGAAAAAGAAAGAAGAUCAAUGAUUACCAUUUUUAACCAUGAAAAAUCACAUAUUAUCCAGUCAAUUGCAUUUGGAGGAAAAGUAGAUGCCUCAUGGACUCCUACAUCACCUUUAAAACAAAAAUCAAUCCACAGAGUACCCUCAGAUUUUGCAUUUGGGAAUAAUGUAGACAAAACUGUGUUUGAUAACUCAGAAGAUGCUGUUUUUGUAAGAUCCAUGAAGAGAUCAUUGAUGGCUAUUACCUCUGUGAACUGGGACACAGUUCCAACACGAGAUGAAAAGUACCUUGAAGAGAGAGUCACAGAACCUGCUCAAAUGCUCACAAUUACACUGAGAUAA